AAACCAAAAACUGCGGGAAAUCGGAAAUAAUUAGAAAAAAAUCACAAACCUUAGAAAUGAGUGAUUCUGAUUCAGUUGAUGAAUCUAAAAUACCAAGCAGAGAAGAAUGUGAAAACAGAUGUCAAAAGUUUGCAGAAAUAACAGGCACCGAUUCUGCUUUGGCCAUGUUUUACCUUCAAGAUAGAGAGUGGGAGUUAGAAAGGGCUGUUAACGCAUACUUUGAAGAAACUGGAGAAUCUAUAGGUUCUGCUCCACAGAAGAAAAAAAUCAAAAUAGAUGGUCUAAGCUUUAGUGGUAGAUCUGAUGGCAACAAUUCUAGCAGUUCAACUUCUGUUAUUAAGACUGAGCGGAAGCCUGAUGUUGAUGAUCCUCUGCCAAACAGAAUAAAACUGAUGUCCUGGAACAUUGAUGGUCUUUGUGAGAAGGCAAUGGUCAAGAGAACACAGGCAGUCUGUGACAUCAUCAACAAGGAAAAUCCUCAUGCAGUAUUUCUGCAAGAAGUAGUCUCAGAAACUUUAGAAGUACUAACAGCUAAAUGUCCAACCUACCACAUCAUAGAGGCAGCCAAUGAAGAGUACUUUACUGCUGUCAUGUUAAAAGUGGGUGUGGCUGAAGUGAAAGAGUCAAAAGUCAUUCCCUUUACAUCAAGUUUGAUGUUGAGAACACUGCAAAAGAUUGAAUGUACCAUUAAAGGUGUAAGAUUCCUGCUGAUGACAUCACAUUUAGAGAGUACCAAGGACCAUGCCUCGGAGAGAAAACAGCAGUUAAAAAUAGCUUUACAACAUAUGGUCAGUGCUAACAACGAUCAGACGGUCAUCUUUGGUGGUGACCUUAAUCUCAGAGAUAAAGAGCUACAGGAGUUAAAGGGUCUUCCAGAGGGAGUGUUUGACAUGUGGAAAGAAACUGGAAGUAGGAAGGAAGCUGAAUUCACAUGGGAUAUGACAAGAAAUACCAACCUAGAGUGGGCAGGAAGGUUCAAGCCUCGUUGUCGUUUUGAUCGUAUUUACACCAGACAUUGUAAACCAAAAUCUGUUAUUGUUCCUAAAUAUUUUGAACUUGUUGGACUGGAAAAAAUACCAAGUUGUGGACUAUUCCCUAGUGACCACUGGGGCUUAUUGGCUCAUUUUGAUAAAAUUGAGAAAUAAAUCAAUGUAUAUUGUU